AUGUCGCUUACGGUGUAUUUGAAACGUUUUAAAAUCAUAAAAUCCAAAGCCGAGAGGGUCGUGACGCUGGAGUUCAGAGGUGAAAGAAAGACCUCUGCCUCCAUAUUGGACCCAGAUGAGCUUAUCACAGUGAAUCAGACAUUCGUAUGGCACUUUUCAACGCCAGUGGACAAGGGUGAAUUACUCACAAUUACUCUACUCGAGAAACAGCGCUUCGUCGCUCCCCGGACUAUAGGAAAAUACCGACUAGGACUUCACAUGGUCGUGGUGGAUGGCAUGAUACCCAUCACUGACUCACUGGUAGACGAUGAGAAUCAUGGCGUACCGGGUAAUGGUUGCGUGUUAAAUUUUAAAAUAGCUUUAAAAUAUCACAUUAAUGCUUAUGAUUAUGAACUGGAUUAUUUAAAUCUAUUCCGCGAAUAG